CACGACGACCGACUGACCGGCGGAUACCUUCACUACCCACCCGAGCAACUCUAUCAACAGAAAUUCGACAACAUGACCAAGCGCACGAAGAAGGUUGGCGUGACCGGCAAAUACGGUGUCAGAUACGGUGCCUCCCUCCGCAAACAAGUCAAGAAGAUGGAAAUCACCCAACACGCCAGAUACACCUGCACUUUUUGUGGAAAGACCACCGUGAAGCGCACAUCUGUCGGAAUCUGGAAAUGCCGGUCUUGUAAGAAGACCGUCGCUGGUGGGGCUUGGGUCGUUUCUACACCUGCCGCUGCAGCCACCAGAUCGACAAUCCGUCGUCUUCGUGAAAUUGCUGAAGUUUGAUUUUCUUUUUUUUUUAAAAAAAAAAAAAUGGAUAACAGAUGGUGUAAUGUUUUUAGAAAAGGUCAAUCUUAAAAGCACAAGCAUUGGCUACGUGCCUUUCUUUUUGGUUGUUGUUGCCUUGGG